CCCGCCGCCCGUGCGCACCCACGAGCCGCCCCUCAUGCUGCGGGGGCUGCUGCGGGCGGGAUUCACACUGGCACACCUGCCCGACAACUUCGCAAAGAGCGGCUACGCCCCCCAGCUCUCCGACCCCAUCCCGCCCCUGAUGGAGGUUUCGGAGCGGAGCCUGCAGUACGACAUUGCUGACGUGGCGAGGUUCCGAAACCACUCGCUAUCGGGCGGGCGGCUGCCUGCGCCGUGCCCCUGGCCCGCCGAGCUGUUGGAGGCUAACCCGGUGUGGGGGCAGGGGUGCUUCCGGCCGCCAGAGGAUGCUCAUCCUCAGGUGGGCGCCAUGAGGGGGGGCUGGGGCCGUCACACCUCCUCCCCCCUCAUGCCUCCCACCCACUCAACUGCCUCUUCCCCCACCUCACCUCCCUCCCCCUCCCAGGGCCUCCGCGUCAUGUUCGCCUUCAACACCAACCUGUGGGCCGCCGCCAACCGCUCCAGCAUACCCCAGCUGGACGGACCCGUGGGUCUGUUCGGUCCGCAGCAGGACCCGCGCGCCUCCUGGUGGUCGCAGCGCAGCGAGGAG